UCAGCUCACUGUGGAGACAGCUCACUGUGCAGGGACACUCCUACAGCAUUUGCUUCUGGAAGGAAAGACUUUCGCACUCAAUCUGUGCAGUCUCUCUGUUUUCUCAACAAUGCGUCUCUACCAGAGCAUAAAGGUGUCACAAAAGAUGGGAGUCAGGAACAGAAAAGACAGACCUCACUGCUGGACGAUCCCACCUCACCAGGUGACUGAAAAUCAACAACAGGAGGAAGAUGACAUCAUCAAACCACAAAAGCUGAUAAAUCCCAUGCUGGCCUCUCUCCAACACAGAACUCUUCAUCAGGAGCUUCUAUUCUGUUACAGGAGAGGUGUGCUGCCGCGAAGGAAGCCAGAGCUCCAGCGUGUGAUGGAACAUAAAAGGAGAGAGCAGCUUCAGAAACAGGAGCUGGCUCUCCAUCCUCCCUCUGACUUGGAGAGGAAGCUGCACAUAAGACAGCAGAGAAUACAGUUUUAUGAGCUGGAGGAGAGGAGGAGGGCCGAAAAACUGAAAAAUAUCCCUGAAUUUCUUCGUGUGAGACAAACUCUGCGGCCAAUAUCAAAUUUGUCCUAGGGACUUCCAAGGG